CAAGAGUCGUUUUCUACGCAUGCGUUCUAUUCGGAGGAUAUAUCCCCAGACACGUCAAUGCUUGAUAAAGGACUCGCUGACGGCAACGACAAAAGCAAACCAUUACCACAAGGUAACAAUAGAGUUCACGAGCGUGGAGUAUCACCUCGACUCGAAGGAACCUCAGCGAUAACACACAAUAAGGUGGUUGUUCACCAUAAAAUGAAGUCAGUAAAAGGGCCUCCUUUGAAAUUUCUCCGAGAUACUCCAAAAUUACACGGGGUUGAAAAAGGAAAGCAUUCCAAAAGGAAGAGUAAGAAAUCUCAUUCGAAAACCGGAGUUGAAACAGAAGCGAACUCUGCUGCAAUUGUUGGUGGUAUCUUAGCAGGAUUGUUAGCCAUCCCUUUCAUUGUUACCGUCAUUGUACUUAUAUGGAAUAAAUGUCAGACCAGAAGUAAUAGAAUUAGGCCUGCUGAUUCUGAAGCACAGCAGGUUGAAGUUACAACGAGAACUGCUGAUUUGGAAGGAGAUCUUAGUGACGGUGAAAUCAUUUCGAGCGUUAACUCUUCGCUCUGACGAAGGUGGCCAAAAUACCGAAGACAUGGCUUUGCCCGGAUCAUCGUUAUGAAAACGUCAUUUGCUUAAAAAUUAUAAUGGUAACCAUGGAAAAUUACAAAGUUUUAUCGAUGUAACUUUCCACAGUUAUCAUAUUUUUCAUAUAUUUAAAAAAUUUUUUUCUUUUUUUUCAACAUUCCGAAAUGUAAACUCCUUUCGAAAUCACAUGAAAAAGUAAGUUUCAGACAUUUUUUGCCGGUGAUCGUUACAGAACAGAGUGCUGUAGAAGAUUUCUGCUCUCAGUGUUACAUAAUUAAAUUCAUGUUGUUAUGAAAAUUUCCUAAUCAUGUUUUCACGGCUAUUUUACUUCAGUCUAUAGUUUAUUCUUGGUCCAAU